GACAGAGUUGCGCCAGCGUCCGGGUCUGAGAAGAGCGGGAGGAGGUGGCGGCCUUGGGAAGAUGCUGCUCUUUGGCGUAAAUUGCAAUCGAUUAGGGAUCGUUUCUCAGACUCAAGUUAGAAGUGAGAGUUCAGAUAAGUGAGGCCGACAUUGCUGCCUUGAAGAAGGGGAGAAUGGAUUUAUCAGGAGUGAAAAAGAAGAGCUUGCUAGGAGUCAAAGAGAAUAAUAAAAAGUCCAGCACUAGGGCUCCUUCUCCUACCAAACGAAAGGACCGCUCUGAUGAGAAGUCCAAGGAUCGAUCUAAAGAUAAAGGGACCACUAAAGAGUCCAGUGAGAAGGAUCGUGGCAGAGAUAAGACCCGGAAGAGACGCAGUGCUUCAAGCGGAAGCAGCAGCACCAGGUCCAGGUCCAGCUCAACCUCCAGCUCGGGCUCCAGCACCAGCACGGGCUCGAGCAGUGGCUCUAGCUCGUCUUCUGCGUCCAGCCGCUCAGGAAGCUCCAGCACAUCCCGGAGCUCCAGUUCCAGCAGCUCCUCCGGCUCCCCAAGCCCUUCUCGGCGCAGACAUGACAACAGGCGGCGUUCCCGCUCCAAAUCCAAACCACCUAAAAGAGAUGAAAAAGAGAGGAAAAGGCGGAGCCCUUCACCUAAACCCACCAAAGUGCACAUUGGGAGGCUCACCAGGAAUGUGACCAAGGAUCAUAUCAUGGAAAUAUUUUCUACUUACGGGAAAAUUAAAAUGAUUGACAUGCCUGUGGAAAGGAUGCAUCCUCAUCUAUCCAAAGGCUAUGCGUACGUGGAAUUCGAGAAUCCGGAUGAAGCAGAGAAGGCACUGAAACACAUGGAUGGAGGACAAAUAGAUGGCCAAGAGAUCACUGCUACUGCGGUGUUGGCACCCUGGCCUCGUCCACCGCCUCGGCGAUUCAGCCCACCCAGGAGAAUGCUUCCACCGCCUCCCAUGUGGCGUAGGUCACCCCCACGGAUGAGGAGAAGGUCUCGAUCCCCAAGACGCAGGUCCCCUGUGCGAAGGAGGUCUCGAUCGCCUGGCCGCCGCCGCCACAGGAGCCGAUCCAGCUCCAACUCCUCCCGAUAAGCAGGGACAUGGAUUCGCCCUCUGUAACUUAUGUUCCCCAGACUCAGUUUUGUCCUUUUCUCUAGCCAAAGGAGGAUCUGUAAGGAAGGAUCCCUUACCAGGGUAGGCUUUGAAGACAGCAGUUGAGAUGUUUCCUCUGCAGGAGGGUUCUGCCUUGUAGAGGUACUGUUGAUUCAGGACUGUGCCCGUAGAGGUACCCUGUAGUUUUCUGGCUAGAAAGUUCGCCCCUUCAGUUCUUGAUAGUCUGUUCAGUAGCAGAGCCAACUGGAACAUAGGGCAGCACACCGUUUUCCAGAUGACCUAGGACCCGUCAGACAACCUGGCCAAGCCAUGCUGUGCCACAGCAGUGGAAAGGACCAAGCCUCUGUCUGUUCUGUUAGGCCUGCCCAUGGCCCCUGCUGAGUACCCUUCACCUUCUAGGGUUAAAACCUUUGAAGGAUUCCUCCAUAAAUGGUUGUCUUUUCUGUCCCAGUGUCUCUGUUACUUUCUAAAAUUGGUGAACCAGUUCUACAGGGUCCUGAUGAAACCUAGCCCACCCCAUUGUCACCUGCCAUUCAUGGUGAUGUCGCAGGUUAGCCUUGGCAAUGUGUGCGUUGCCUCUUUGCUUUUGUUGUACAGUCAGUACUAUAAAAUCUGUUUUGAGUUUUAUAACUUUGUAGCAUUUUAGAUAAGGUUGUGUUUGUACUUGUGUAGAGUGAAAGGACUGUUGAAUAAACCUAGGGUUAGAGUGCAAA